AUGGAUUCUCGAAAUCGAUCUCCAAGAAACCCCACAAUAGUUUUGAAGUUCAAGAAUCCAUCUAUGGCCAUGGAACAAUUAGCUGAAGACGAUUACUUAGACGACGAUGCAGAAGAAUCAGGACAAGGGUAUCUUCAGUUUGGAGCAAAUGGUGGUAUCAAGAAGAAGAAAAUGGUGGAUUCCGGCGCCGGCGGUGGUGGGUCUGGGAAGAGAGAAACAGCUGCCAUUAAUGGAGGAAGAAUGACACCAUCUUGCUGUCAAGUAGAUAGCUGUGCAGCUGAUCUUGCGGUGGCGAAGCGGUAUCACCGGCGGCACAAGGUUUGUGAGGUCCAUUCCAAGGCGCCGGUGGUGGUGGUGGCCGGAAUCCUUCAAAGGUUCUGUCAACAAUGUAGCAGAUUUCAUGAGGUAUCGGAGUUUGACGACGCAAGAAGAAGUUGUCGGAGCCGAUUAGCCGGGCACAAUGAACGGCGCCGGAAGUCUUCAUCGGAAGCAACUUCGGUUGACAUCCAAGGUUCGAGCCUAGGGCAGGUCGGUGAUCGGAGAAGCCGGACUCCGGUGGCUCUCGGCGGUGAACGGUUUCGGAUUGGUUGA